UAGUUCAAAAACGCUUUGUAACAGUCACAAUUGUGUGGUGUGUCUUUAAGACAACGUAAGAUAAGGGUUAGUGAUGUCACAGGUAUGCGCCACUGCUCUCUGUGGAGAAUGAGAGCAAUGUGCUUGCACGUGAGUGUAUGGGCUCGGAAAAGUGUAUGGGCUUAACUGCUUAUGUUUAGCAGUUGAAAUGAUGUGUACUUUGUUGCGUGCUGACAGCCAACCAAUUGGCCCCGCCCAUGUGACAGCGUCAGAAAAUAUUUCCGGAAGGAAUCCGGAACUGUCAAGAUACCGUCCACUAGCGAAGUCACAGAAGAACGGCUCCUUCUCCUUUAAAUAAGAGGGAGGCAGUUUCUGCUUGCGGUAGAAAGACAUGAACUGACAGAUUGAUUGAAUGGAAGAAAGCCAAAUAUGGAACCGAGCCGAUCCGGGCCGGUCCACACCGUGUCGAGAAACAAGAGACAGCAGCACCCAGACUGACAGCAAAAUACAAGGUCAUGGCCCCAGGUUGUCAAAGGUAAACCUCUUCACCUUGCUGAGUUUAUGGAUGGAGUUAUUCCCUCAGGAGCAAACGGAGGAGGAUGGUGGUAAUCAGCUCCAUGGGAUGGGUCUGGUGGUGGUGCGGGAAAGCAAAGUGGUGGGACUUCAUUGUUCAGGAGCUGAGCUCCACGCUGGACAGGCAGCCAUCAUCCAACAUGGUGCUCGCCUGGCUGACUGUCAACUGUACUUCUCGAGGAGACCCUGCGCUACUUGCCUGAAGAUGAUCAUUAACGCUGGAGUCAGUCAGAUCUCCUUCUGGCCCGGGGACCCUGAGAUCAGCAUUCUGUCGUUCCGGUUUCUGAUGGCUCCCAGCUACUGCGGUCCAGCUCACUUCAUCUCAGAGGAAGCUUUACUAGAUGCUGUAGCAGUAGAGAAGCUCAAGUCCAACAGCCGUCCUCACAUCUGCAUGCUGCUGCAGCCGCUGGCACCCGGCCUAGCACAGUUUGUCACCGAGACGUCCAGAAAUUGUGACUUCACAGAGAGGAUCACUGAUGACGACCCAAAGCAGAACACAGAGGAGCUUUUCAACAGAGAACGAAUGAGAUGCCUGAAGGAUUUCUCCAGACAGUUCCUGGUUCGUAAGUCCCAGCUGCAUCAGGAGAUUUUGAAGCACAUGGGCCUGGAGAAUUUUUGUGUGGAGCCUUACUUCUCCAGCCUGAGAAACAACAUGAGGGAGCUUGUGGAAGUUUUAGCUGCAGUGGCUGCCGGGGUGCCACAGCAACACUACGGCUUCUACAGGGAAGAGUCGUCAGUGCCACUGCCCCCUUGUCAUGAAGAUGUGCCCCAAGAAGUGGCUCGUCACUGCAUGAUCCAGGCCAGGCUACUGGCCUACAGGACAGAGGAUCCUAAAGUGGGUGUGGGCACUGUGAUCUGGGCCAAAGGACAGUCGGCUGGCUGUAACGGAACAGGGUGUCUCUACCUGGUGGGCUGUGGGUACAACGCUUACCCCGCAGGUUCGCAGUACGCCGAGUACCCUCAGAUGGACGCCAAACAGGAGGAUCGCCAGAGACGUAAAUACAGAUACAUUAUCCACGCAGAGCAGAACGCCCUCACCUUCAGGACACGAGACAUCAAACCGGAUGAGCCAACCAUGCUUUUUGUAACCAAGUGUCCAUGUGAUGAGUGUGUCCCUCUGAUCAGAGGAGCCGGUAUCACACACAUAUACACCUCUGACCAGGACCGGGACAAAGAUAAGGGAGAUAUUUCCUACUUGCGAUUCGGCACCCUAAAGAACAUCAGCAAGUUCAUAUGGCAAAGAAGCCCUUCAGUGUCCUCAGCGCCACCUUUUCAUCUUGCCAAUGGUUGUGUCGGAAAGCACAGCAGACAGACUGAGAGUGAGAGCCCCAGCAACAAGAAGCUGUGCACCAGCAUGUCCUGCGAAUCACCUGCUGUGAGCCGUCGAUAAAUCCACGUACCUAAAAAACACCCCCCACAGAGGCAGGUUUUAAGCUUGCGUGCCACAGAUUUGAUCGUUCACCGCUGUAAUAAAUAGAGCUAAAUGUUGUUUCCUUCAUGAGCAUCAAAUCUGUGGCACAUAUGAUUUUACACAUAUGUAUCUUUUCCAAGUCCGGUCAUUACAUGAGUGGAGAGUUGGAAACAAACUGAAAUCAAUGCAAUGCAAUGACCUCCAAGGGACACCACUAAAAGCGGAUUAAUAGAUCCAUCGAAGAUUAAAAAAAUAGGUACAGAAACUAUGGACAAUUUUUUUUUUUAAGCGUUUAUAAGAUACCACAAAGAAAUAAUUUAUUUAAAAUAGUUAUUUAAACUGUGAUAUGCAGAUCUGUUUGUUUUUGAAACAAAUGGAGGGGGGAAAGCUAAUUAUAAAAAUCUAAAUAAUGAAAAAGUGUGAGAUUAACAACGCAUGUAGCUCCUGGUUGUCCAGGAUUGUCUUCACGGUACAGAACGGUUUGAAAUAAAUUACUGCUUUUAUUUUGAAGGCAGCUGCUGUGAGUGUGUUUGAAAGAUGUGUUUCACACUGUAAGGAUGUUAUUGUUUUUAAACGCAAGCCAAAUGCACUGAAGUGAAGCGUGUUGAGGAUAUGGAUAAUGCUUGAAUGAAAGUUUAAAAAGUGUUCCUGCAGAGCAGAGAGGACGGUCAAAGGUUUGGUUUUGGAGCGUGAAGGAAUUUACUCGACUUUACCAACUUUAAUUUUCUACAUGAACACACUUGUUUGUAUUUUUUUUUUUUCGUUCAGGUAUAGUAAACAGAGGUUUAAGUGUUUUUGUAACUUGAGUUCGAAUCAUAGAAAAGGCAGUAACUGUGAUUACUGCAUAAUCUGAAAAAUACCUGGAAAAUAACACACACUUUCUUACACACACACACGCAAAGCAUGCAUUCUCAUCUAUUCUUUUCUUUUUUUUUUGUGAAUGUUGUAAAACAGCAUCAAAGUGCAGAAAAAAACAAGGUGGCUGCUUUUAGAGGACAUCGUGAAGAAUGGUUAAAUCUGCUCAUAGUUGUAAAACAACUGGUUCAAGUCUGAUGUUAAGCUGGUUGGCUUACAUUUGCAUCUCGUGUGAUAUCGCAAUAUACCGUCACAACCUAUGGCAUGUGAACAUGGCUGGUAUUGGUUUUUGUCAUCCCAAAAAAACAAACUGUUUUCCUUUUUCUUUUUCUUUAAGGAAAAAAAAAGCAAAACAGCUUUUAAAGUGUUUACUUCUUCCUUUAAGGAAAGUCUGGGCUCUAAUUAGGAGACUUAUCAUGACUCCAUUUCACUUUGUUUUUAAAAUUUCUGUGAAUGCUUGUCAGACAUCUACUGGGAAAUAAAAUCACAUUGUUCUCAAGUUUAGUCUGCAUUUUUUUUUCAAGUUCAUAGUUGAUUUAAAGUUACAGAAAGAAAUCGAAGCUGCUUUAAACUAAAAGUGGAUUUUUAUUCAUUUAUUUGAUUUCACAGUUAUGUUUCACCGCUGAAUCCUGCCGUUGGUCGGCUUUGGCCUCGUUCUGUUUGCCGGCGAGUUUACUAUGGCAAUGGCAAGUGAUGAGCAAAAAAAAAAAAAGUUUAAAAGGUGGCAAACGG